CCCCCUCCACCUCCACCUUCUUCUACCUAGCUAGCUAGCUCCAUCGUCGCUCAGCUCUCUUCUGUUUGUCUCCUUCUCCAGCUAGCUAGCUAGCAUAUAUACUCCCAUGUGCUUCCGUUCCAUGUCGCGUCUUAAUUCAUUCUCCCAGCAGCCGUGUCUCGUGCGUGGUGUGAAGUGAAGUGAUCGAUCGGUCGAUGUCGUGGUGGAGGCUGCAAGGAGCGAGAAGCCAAAGCAAGAUGGGAGGUGGUUGCCGCUGCCGGGAGGUGGUGGUGGUGGCGGCGCGAGCUGCGUGAGUAGGACGUGGCGAGCGCUUGGCCUAGCUACCGGCUGCCGUAGCUAGUGUCCGCGCCGGGCGCGUGCACGCGAAGGAUGUGCGCCGGCUGCCGUGUCGCCGCCGACGCCGGGGGAGUCUCGUCGUGAUAGCUGAGAAGCUGACUGCGAGAGAGAAGAAAGGCCGGGGAAGCCGUUCUGUGGCUGAGGUUCUUGAUUAAUUUGGUGGGUGUGGCCAUGUGGAGCGGCGUGGCGUCUCUCGUCCGGCAGGGGCUGCGGUGGCGGCGCCGGAGGAGGACGGCGCGGGUGGUGGACGAGAGCGCGCUCGCGGAGGCCGCCGUCGAGGGCGGUGGUGGCGCCGGGGACGCCGCGGCGGCGGCGGUGGUGCCGACGAGCGUGGGCGCGGCGCUGGCCAGGGCGCUGCUGGCGCUUGCGUGCACCAUCCGCUUCGACGGCGAGGACGGCGGCGGCGCGACGGAGGAGGCGUGGGCGGCCAGCGGGUGGCGGCCGCGCGCCGACGAGGUCAGCCACCUCAUGGUGCGGGAGAGCAUGCGCUACGCCAUCUACGCGUAGCCCCCCAUAAUAAUAUAUUUAGUGUUAAAUUAAUUAAGCACGUAUAUAUACAUGUAUGUAUGUACGGUUUGGUAGCUAGCUAGCUAGAGUGAUCGUAUACAUACGUAUACGUAAGUAGGCCGUGGUGCUGUGUAGUACAUCAUUGUAUAGACUACGUACGUGAUGCAUCUUGGAUGUACGUAGUAUAGGUCAGUACAAGUGCCAUAGUUCGUGAAUGGUUUGUCUUUUUGCCUACGUGGCAUAUUCUUGUUUUCACUACGGAAUUGUUGCAAUUUACAUGUCAAGCUCUGGGUGAUUUCUUGAUA